CCACCUUGUAUUCAAAUGUGUGGAGCUUGGGGAAGCCAGGACAGAUAGUCUUGAUGUCAGACGGACAAAGAAAACAGAAGCUGGUUGAACAGUGGUCGCCAUGACCUUGUACCUGGCUGGCAGCUGGCGCUCCGCGGCAGAACCAAACUUGACGCAUCUUGGACCAUGAGAACGCGGAAAACUUUGGGAGAGAAAUAGCCUUCCGGUCGCCAUCAGAAAGCAGCCCUGCUUUAUGUGCUAGCAGCCCUGGUGCCUGUGCUAUCCCUGGCCCUCCUGCAUGCUGACCAGCCCUGGGUGUGCAGCAGUCUGACAGUCUACCAACCUGUGAUCUCAUCUCCCCCGUCCUCCUCCUCUGGCUCCACCUGUUCCUCAGCCCGCUGGUACUCCUCCAGUCACCCCCUCCAACUGAGCCCUCCCCUGUCAAUGGACCUCUGGGCCUCUAGAGGCCUACCUCCCUCCAUGUCUGCCAAAGACUGAAGAGCCUUGUCCUCCUCCACCCUCCACAACCAUGAACCCCUACCUAGAGCCACCCACCCACUGUGCCCCUCCACCCCCAGACCUGGAUCCCUACCUGGAGCCAGAACUGUGUUCCCUGCCCCCCGGGCCUGACUGUGCCAUAGACCUGGAGGCAGGCCCUGACUUGGAGUGUGCCGUGUGCUUCAGCCAGUUCAACAACGUGUUCCGCACUCCCAAGAUGCUCCAGUGCCGGCACACCUUCUGCCUGGAGUGCCUGGCGCGGAUGAACGUCAAGUCAUCCGAGCCCGACCGCAUCCAGUGCCCGCUGUGUCGCGGCCUUACGCCCCUCCCCUCCCUGGGACUCCCUCGCCUGGCCAACGACCGCACCGUGCUCUCCUACCUCCCGGCUGCCAUGCAGCGCGUCUACAGCGUCCGCUUCAGCCGCCAGAAGGGCCAGCUCCAGGUGAAGAGGGCCUCGGAGCAUCACCCCCACCUGGCGCGCCUGGGGUCAGUCAGCCAGUCCCUGGACGUGGGUCUGCCCAGCGUGCCGAGCGGGGGACCGUCCUCCAGGGAGGGGGAGCAGAACAGGAACCUUUUCCAGCGGCUGUGUGUAAGACCAGCCUGCCGAGUGAUACUCAUGUCAGGGGUGGUGCUCACGAUAGGGCUGCUGACCGGCAUUACCAUCUUCCUCCUCAUCAGUGGCCGAGUCUGAAGCCGGAUGCCAGCUGGUUCUGGUUGUUUAGUUUGCCUGCUUGUUUACUGCCAUGUUGGGACUGCCCUGGAAGCUAAGACGACGAUGACGACUCCGGCCUGGUUUGGGAAUGGCCCUUUGUUGUUCUCACGUUACAAACCAAAGACGUUAUGGCCAGUGCACCUCCAUGCAAACGCAAGCAGACUGAAGACGGAAUAUGCAAAUGUACAGAUGUUUUUUUUUCCACAAUCAUGCUAAGACAUACGUUGGUGACAGAGGGACCAAGGGAUUUUUUGUUGUUUGUUUUGAACCAAGUUGUUUAUGUGUUUAGAUUUGAAUGUUUCCACUUCCUGUUUCCAAUUUUAAAAAAGAACUAUUAUAUUGUACAGUCUUUCUUAUUUUAAAAGAAUUGUUUGGUUUUUAUGUCAUGUAGUAUGAAAAUUAAUAAAUAAUAUUUUUAUGUA